CAACCACUUUUGUUCCUCCUGCUUCAUUGCAACGGGAGAUUAGCUUCUGCUUGCUGUGAAGUGGGGUUUUGUGUGGGUCGUACUUGUACUGCACCAUCUCAGAGGAGCUAACAGAAAGCUGUUAAAAGAGACGAUUUUAAAGCUGAGAGCUUGACGAUUAUGGAAAUUGCAGCCCACUUUUUCAAGAUAAUUCUUCACAGUACUAUCCAACAGGGGAAACUUGAGAUUCCAAGAAAAUUUGUGAGAAAAUAUGGAAAUGGUUUGUCAAGUCCUGUAAUCCUUCAUGUUCCUUCUGGUGCUAAGUGGUCAGUGGAGUUGUUGAAUUGCAAUGGUGAUGUUUUGUUGGGAAAAGGUUGGCAAGAUUUCUCAAAUUAUUACUCUUUGGACAUUGGAAACUUUCUGCUUUUUAAAUAUGAGGGAAAUUGCCAAUUUUGCGUGCUCAUAUUUGAUAAGAGCGCAUUAGAGAUUGAGUACCCAUGUGAGAACAUCUUCAACACAAAGCCAAAUAGUGAUGAUCUCCACAAUACUACAAUCAAAGAAAAUGAAGAUGACACUUCUGUUGAAGCAUUAGAUUUUCCGUCACAGUGCAAGAAAAUGGGGGGAAAAUCAACAUUCCUACAUCAAUCUCGGAAAUUCAUGCAAUCAAGGAGGAAAAAGAAUGAUCAUGGGAAAGUCAAAAGUUCACAUGCAUGUUCAUGGAAUUCUCAAGCUCUUGAAGAUGCCAACAACUUCAUUACAAAGUAUCCAUCUUUCAAGGUUGUUGUGAAGCCAUAUCAUUGGGAUCACAACAAUGUGAGCAUGCCAGCUGGUUUUUUCAGAAGAUAUUUUAAGUGUCAAACACAGAACGUAAUCCUUCAAAUUGCAGACACAUUGUGGUCUGUGAAGUUGAUCCGCCCUUCACGUCGAUGUGCAGCUACUUUAUCUGCUGGUUGGCAUGCAUUUUCUCGGGAAAAUGCUCUAGGAGUUGGAGAUGUUUGUGUCUUUGAACUUAUUAAGAGGAAUUUAUUGAAUGUAUCCAUUUUCAGAUGUGUCAAUUGACAAUUUCGCUAGUUCUUUUUUUUUUCUUUUGCAACUGUUAGAGACAUUGAGAUUAUUGUGUUGUUAGAAGUUUUUGUCUUUAUCUGUACCUUGUGUAGUAAACUAGAGGCAGUCUUGUAAUUCAGUUAUAAGAUGCUUGGCCAGUUAUCUUCUUUA